UUGUUGAUAAUAAUAUACCCCCCACAAGAAAGAGAGAGGACAGAUAGUCCCGCCUCCCUCUCUCUCUCUCUCUCUCUCUACCCACCUCUUUCUCUCUCCAAACAGAACAAUACAAGACCAAACCCUUGCAGGUUCAUUUCAUUCCCUUUCUUUCUCUCUCUCUAGAACAACAAAAAUGGAGGCUCUGGACACAAACGCAGGUCUCUUGGUGGACGAUGACCUUCUGAACUUCUCUUUGGAUGGUGAACAAGAUGAUGACGAUAAAGUUACCAAAGACCCUUGUUCUUCUUCUUUGGAAUCCUCAAACCCUGAUAGCCAAUACCCAGAUGAUCGCAGCCGUUCAUUUCCUGAAUUUGAGGAGGAACUGGAGUGGUUAUCGAACAAAGAUGCAUUCCCGGCGGUGGAGACAUGCUUAGACAUUCUCUCUGAUCAUCCCGGCAAUGUCCCGAGUCGUCACAGCCCGGUGUCGGUGCUCGAAAACAGUACUAGCAGCAGCAACAGCAACAGCAAUGGCAGCACCGUUAUGAGCUGCUGUGGCAGCUUCCAAGUCCCUACUCGUUACCCAGUUCGUGCCAGAACCAAGCGAAGGCGAAGAAGGAGAAGAGAGUUCCCUGGAAUGUUCAGACAACAGUGCUGGUGGUGGAACCAACCAAGCAUCAAGAAAAACACCAAACAAGGAUCAACAAUGCUACCAAAACCAACAAUGACAAACAAUACUAUUGGGAGGAGGUGCCAGCAUUGCCAGGCUGAGAAGACCCCGCAAUGGCGGGCGGGACCAAUGGGGCCGAAGACAUUGUGCAAUGCUUGUGGGGUGCGGUACAAGUCCGGGAGGCUCGUGCCCGAGUAUCGCCCCGCAAGUAGUCCUACGUUCUCGAGCGUGAUGCAUUCGAAUUCUCAUAGGAAGGUAAUGGAGAUGAGAAAGCAGAAGCAGCUGGGACUUGGUGGGAUGAUGGUGAAUGAGGCUUGUGGAUAUGGGUAGGUUAGUUUUGAGUAGUUCCUUGCAAUUUAGUUGAAGUGUUUAUCUCCUUAAUCCUUUAGGGUAGGUAGAUAGAUUAGACAGUAGGGUGUCUGUUGUAAUGGGCUAGAUUGUUGGUGAACCAUAUUUGUUUUGUUUUAGUUAUAAUUCAUCAAGGGAAUUUUGACUUUAGUGUGCUUGGUUAUGCAUUAGAAUGGAAAAUGAGAAAAAAAAAGUUUUGUUUUUGCCCGUUAUCAUACUUUUCUUCAAUAGUUAAGUUUCUUGGGUUCGCGAUCGUGACAUUUUGGGAUUUUGGAUUGGAAAAAUGAGGGGUUUUGGUGGGGUUUUGUUGGGGUUUCGUUGGAAUUACUUUUGUUAUCAAGCUAACUUAGUAUUAGUGGUUAGUUGACAUGUUGAUUGAGUUGUAAUUCAGUUCUUGGUGGCAAAGGAUAAAAUCUUCUGCUAUUGCUUUGAAUGCAAAGUUAAGUUAUUGUAUGCCCUGUCAAUUUUUGCUCAGUUUUAUCUUCAAAAGCUUAUCUUGGUGGAUUA